AAGACCCAAGAAUACGACUCUGCAAAACUGAAACAUUCUGGCUCAUCCUGCCUGUGCCAUGAAACGAAAGCGCAGCACCUAAAACAACGGCAAUUGUCUUCAUUGUUUGCACACCAAGGCCCGCGGAUCCGCAAGGCGAAGAAGCGCGCCGAGGGUGGCGGCUGCGAGCCCAAGCGGCCGCGCACCGCCUUCACACCGGAGCAGCUGUCGCGCCUCAAGGCCGAAUUCCAGGCGUCGCGCUACCUGAGCGAGGCGCGGCGCCAGGCGCUGGCGAGGGACCUGCAGCUGAGCGAGGCGCAGGUGAAGAUCUGGUUCCAGAACAAGCGCGCCAAGCUCAAGAAGGCGAACGGCGUGCGCAACGAACUGGCGCUGCAGCUGCUCGCGCAGGGCCUCUACAACCACUCCACCACGUCGCACGCGGGAGAAGGAGACCGUGACGAGAUGAGCGACUGAGCUGGCGAGCGAGCGAGCGAGCGAGCGACAGAGAUGGUCGAGAGAGAGAGAGGAGAUAGAGAGGACGGAGACCUUAAAACAAUCUCGCCACGGGACCCGCCGCGGGAACGCGGAGUGAGCGUGGUUGAGUUGUGAGAGCCAGCCUGGCCACCGAUGAAUGGAGGCGGACGACGGCUGCGCUUGGCAGCAGCAUGACACGACGGACAUUAUGAGAGCCAUUAGGGGGCUGCAA